AUGCUGCAAGAGAAAUCAAAGCAGGUUUAUCAAUCUGAAGCUAAAAAUGACCGAGACGAUCUCAUAAGCCGAAGCCCAUUUGUUCACCAUAUACUGGAGGCUAAGCUGCCUGAUAAUUGGAGAGGCUUAACAAUAGAUAAAUAUGAUGGCACAUCGGACCCUGGGGAACAUUUGAAUAUCUUUACAACCCAAAGGGCCUGCACUCAGUUGGUUCACCUGACUCCCCCUUCAUCCAUCGACUCUUUUGCAACACUCGCAAGACGGUUCAACUUGCAGUUCGCCACAAGCCGACCUCAUCCCUUAACAUCCUUGGCGCUAGUCAACAUUCGCCAAGAAAAGGGAGAGUCACUUAGAGCGUUCAUGGAACGCUUUGGCAAAGUGACCUUUUCGAUUCAUAACUUGGAGCCAGCAGUGGCCAUGCACCACCUCACAACGGCCUUAAAGCCAGGACCUUUCGUUAAUAGCAUCCGUAAAAAAUCACCUGUCGACCUAGACGAGUUAAGAAGUCGGGCUGCAAAGUAUAUGCAGAUGGAAGAAUUGUCCGAGUACCGAAACCAGGUACGGAUGGACCAAGGGUCCAAUUCAAAAAAUACAGACAGGAGAGAAGCUUUCAAGGCUAGGCAGGGAAAUGAGAGAAGAAAUGAACUUGAAAGGCCGCCCCUGGGACCUAAGUAUCCAACUAAUUGGUCCAAAGUACUUGAUCAGGCAUUGGCCACAGAAAUAUUGAGAAUGCUUAGACGCGCCAACACCUCUCUUCGGGCAGAUAAAAGCAAGUAUUGUCGAUAUCACCAGAACAGGGGUCACACCACUGAGGAGUGUACAACGCUGAAACAUAAGAUUGAAGAAUUAAUCAAGGAAGGACAUUUAAAAGAUUUUGUACAAACAAAUCCCAUCGGUCAAAUUAAGAGAGGAAGAGAUCAAUACACUGAACUGCCGAGGAGAUCCGAUGACAAAAGAUUUGAACGACAGAGGAGUAGAUCCAGGGAACCCCCAGCUAGAAGAUACGACGAACGUGAGAAGUAUCCUAAAAGGGUCAUUAAUACCAUAGCUGGAGGGUUUGCAGGUGAAGGACCCAUUCAUUCGGCCAGGAAGAGGCAUCUCAGGCAGGGGAGCUCGGCUGACAUCCUAUAUUGGAAUACGUUUAAGCAAUUAGGCAUCCCAGAAGAAGAGCUCAGAGAAUAUUAUGAACCGUUGGUUGGUUUUUCUGGAGAAACAGUGGAGACUCGGGGCUGCAUUGACCUGUAUACCUCGUUCGGGUCAGAGCACGAGGGAAAGCAAGUAAAAGUCACUUAUCUUGUGAUGCAUGCGAAUACCUCCUAUAAUAUACUACUCGACAGACCAUCCCUAAAUAAGUUGAAGGCUAUAGUAUCCACUCUACACUUGGCCAUGAAGUUUCCAUCUGAAAGAGGCCGAAUAGUUACAGUUCAUGCUGAUCAGAAGACAGCUAGAGAAUGUUAUUUUGCAAGUCUAUGUCUUAAGCCUUUCCAUGGGGCAGCCGAGAUAUCAACAUUGUAUCCCCUCGGCUGGGAGAGGAAUUGGAUGUGGAACUGGAUCCUAGAAUGGAUGAGGGGUGUCGGGUUGAGCCCAAUGAAAAUAAGCAACCUUUCUAACUUGGAUCAAAAUCGGAACAAGUAA